UAAUCGUUGAAUCAAAUUGAAUCGAUCAGUUUGAUAUAUCCUCAAAUGUUAUGUGUCAUCAUCGGUAACAUGGGAGGAAUGUGUUUCUUUCAGGUUUAUUGAAACGGGCUAAAAUUUUUUUACUGCAAUGUUAUAUUUAGUCGGUUUGGGUCUGGGUAAUGUUGAUGAUAUAACGGUGAAAGGAAUGGCUACUGUACAGAAAUGUUCCCAUGUGUACUUGGAAACUUACACAAGUAUUAUGUCGUUUGGCUUGGAUAAAAAGAAGUUGGAGGAAUUUUUCGGUAAAGAAAUUGACGAGGCCGAUCGUACAACGAUUGAACUAGAUUCUAAUGUUGUGUUAGACGAAGCAUUCAAUUCUGAUGUAUGUCUGUUAGUAGUUGGCGAUCCUCUUGGUGCCACAACACAUGCGGAUUUAGUUUUAACUGCUCGAAAAGCAGGUGUUAAUGUGGAAAUUGUGCAUAACGCUUCAAUUAUCAGUGCUGUAGGAUGUUGUGGUUUGCAGCUGUAUAAAUUUGGUGAGAUCAUUUCAAUUGUUUUUUGGGAAGAAAAUUGGCAUCCGGAUUCCUAUUACUUCAAAAUUGCAGAGAACAAAAAACGAGGAUUACAUACAUUGUGCUUGUUAGAUAUCAAAACGAAGGAGCAGUCAGUUGAAAAUAUGAUGAGAGGCCGAAAGGAAUUCCUCCCUCCAAGAUAUAUGACUUGUUCUGAGGCAGCAAAACAGCUACUAGAAAUUGCAAAUCGGAUAGCGGACGAGAAAAUGGAACCCGCAUACACACGAAGCACAGAAUGUGUGGCCCUGGCAAGGGUAGGAUGGAAUGACCAGAAGAUUGUUUUUUGCUCUUUGGAGGCAUUAUGCGAUGUAGACAUGGGACCACCGUUACAUUCAUUGAUCAUUCCCGGUGAAUUGCAUCCCAUGGAAUUGGAUUUUUUGAGAAGUUUUCCCACAUCUUAACAUCUUUUAACUUGUAGAAUACUUUUUAAAUUUUGUUAUUUGUUGUCCCACUUCUUUACAGUCUAUUAGUUUUUAGAAUUAUACUGUUGGAUUAUUCUGUAAGGAUUAAAACUGGAAUUAACUGUGUUCAGUAUGUAGUUCAUCUCAUUUGUAAAACUUUUGCAAGAAAAAUGGAUGAAAGGCAAGGAGAAACAAGAAAAUCGAAGUUUAGGAAUGAUUUGUCCACCAGAUCAUUUAUGAUCUCUUGUUUAACAUACUAUCAAUUUAGAUCACCA